AUGCGGUGGGUGCUGCGCGCCGAGAUCCGCGUGUCCAGCGAGAAGCGACACGUCCCGCGAUACAUCAUCGGGCCGAGCGGGAAGGUCGUCACGGAGAUCGCGAGGGAGGUGGAGCAGGAGCUGAUGAAUCUCUUCCACUGCGACGUCCGACUCGUGAUCGUCGUGCAGGCGCCGGGCGUCACACCGCCCAAGCAUCACCUCUGACGCUUUUCCUCCGUCGCACGCUUUCGACUCGAAUUUUUUUCAUCUUCUAGUUGUUUCGAUUCGGUCGUGGAAUGAACGAUAGCG